CUUUUACAGUAAUCAGCGGUAAAAGCACAGAUUGCAACGACGUCAAGAAGAGAAUGGAAAGGAAGCGGAAGAGGAAGCAGCUGGUGCAGGGCGCUGAAGAACCAAAGCCGAAGCCGGUUCGUUCCGGCCCGACCCGAACCGGAACUGUGAAAGAUCCGUUCCCAUCCCACGCUCGACCCACCCCGCAAGAAUGCGAAGCCGUACGAGACACUCUCUUAGCCCUACACGGCAUUCCCCCGGAACUCGCAAAGUACCGCGACGCGGUCCAGUCGGAGUCACCCGAACCUGUUCUCGACGGUUUGGUCCGAACUGUCCUCUCGCAGAACACCACUGAGACCAAUUCCCAAAAGGCCUUCGCUUCUCUCAAAACCUCUUUCCCCACUUGGGAACAUGUUUUCGGUGCUGAGUCCAAGGACUUGGAGAAUGCCAUUCGAUGCGGAGGUCUGGCCCCGACCAAGGCUUCAUGCAUUAAGAACGUGCUGCGUUGUUUGCGCGAGAGAAAAGGUCAAUUUUGUUUGGAGUAUCUGCGGGAUUUGUCCGUCGAUGAAGUUAAGGCUGAGCUGUCCCUUUUCAAAGGAAUUGGUCCCAAAACAGUAUUCUUCUUUUUCUUUAGCAGUUCUACUUGCCUCUUCAUUUUGCAGUUAUUCAGCUAAUAUUCAAGCAUUCAAAAUCUCAACACUUUGCAGCUCUGUUCAAAUUAUUUGGCCUCAUGGUACUUUUGUAUGCCGUUUUGGUCAUUGUCAUUUGUUAAGACUUGGGAAUCAUAAUUGCUUUUGAUAACAUCCCUAGAAAAUAUGUGAGUUUAUAUUGAAUUAUAUUUUUGUAGAUCAAGCAACCUUGUGGUCGCGUACAAUAUUUCAUGCCUGGCUAUGCAUAAAUCUUUGUUGUGUUACUUCUUAAAUUGCAGUGUUUCCCUUUUCAAUAUACCACAUAUUUUGGAAACUGUGCAUCAGAAUGUUUUCCUUGUGAAUCCUUGUGAAAAACAUUUCUCAAACACCGCCUUGAGUCCUUGUGAAAAGUGAG